AGGUGGGAGCUUACCUCGAUGUCAUUUCAUCUGCGUGAACGGUGUCAAGCAUGUACAGUGGUAAAGUAUGAUAAAACAUUUAACCACUGUUUAGGUUUUUAGACAGACAGAUGUUCAAUCACUGUACAAGGCCUGGAGGGAGAAUACGAAAUACAACACAACUGGCACUUGACUGAUCAGAAUGAAGAUCGUCUCUAUCUUCUACUGUUUUCUAUAUGUUGCUGGGAUCAAGGGAGCAGAGAUCAACGUGGAGGGAUUCGAGGGGGGAGAAGUCUCGUUCCAGUGUUCACACAAACUUGCAUGGAAAAACAAUAAAUACUUCUGCAACGAUCCGUGUAAAAGCAGUGGAGAUAUACUGGUUACUGUACAAUCUGGUGGAAGAGCAGGGUCAGAGAGGAUAACCCUGGUGGACUCUCGGGACGGGACCUCUACUGUGACCUUCAGUCAACUCCAGCUGUCAGACACGGGGAGAUAUUUGUGUGGAGUGGAGAGGCCUGGUUUUGAUACAUUCACUUCAGUACAACUUACCGUUAAGGAAGCUGUCCCCCAUCCAGUUGUUACAGAUACAGUUGUUGCAAACGAGACAACGACUGUCAUACCUACACUUGAACCUGAACUGCUCACAUGGACCUAUCAGAAUAUUUCCAACUCAACACAAUUAACAUCUGGAAUAGACACCAGUAGGCCUGCAAACCAUUCAACAGCCUCAAACAGCACUAAUGGAGGAGCACAGAACAUCAGCAGAGGGAUUGUGCUGUACACUACAGUUGGGGUUGUUGCCAUACUGACUAUCGUGAUGCUGGCAGUUAUCGUGUGGAAAUGCAACGUAAAAUCAAAACCUCAACCACAAGUGUGCUCCAACAGCAUCGGUGCAGAUGAAGGAGAGGAUGACUGCGAGUACGAUGACAUUGGCGGGGAGGUUCUGUCGAUAAAAAAAAUAUCUGAGAAGCUCUCUUGUACUCACCACCCAAAGCAGGAUCCACCAACAUCUGCGACCACAGCAGACGAAAGUAACACACCCCAUCACAUCUAUGAAAACAUCUGCUGCUCCAAAGGCACUGCACAUUCAAGCUAUUCAGCUGCAAACAACAGAGACAAGCGUGACACCAGCUCUAAGAUCUACAUCAACCCUUUGCCCCCUUCAUCUGAAAGAACUGUUGAAGGUUGUCUUAAACCUACAGCAACUACAAGCAGCUGUACAAGCAAGGCAUCAGCUUUUCACUCCAGAUCUCGCAGUGAUUCCACAGAAGUGAGGCCCACAUCACUCUGGUUUGGUUUGGAUUUAUCAGGAACAGUGUGA